AUGAAGCGAGGCCGGCCUGGAGGCACAGGGCUGUCAUUGCUCUGGGUGCUGCUGUUGCUGUUGCUGUGCCAGGUGUUGCUGGGCGGCUCUGCGGGGUUGCUCCCCGGGAUGGCGAGACGCAGGCUCCCCGAGCAGCGGGCACACAGCCCCGAGCAGCGGGCACACAGCCCCGAGCUAGUCCAGGAGCUCCAGCGACGACUGCUCAUUGCCCUGGGCUUCAGUCGCCGGCCCGAGCCCAGCCCUGGUGUGGUGGUGCCGCUCUACAUGUUGCAACUGUACAGGGAGCGCUCCGGCCAGCCACAACCUCAACCACAACCCCAACAGCCCCAACCACAACCCCAACCACAGCCCCAACCACAACCUCAAUACCACCCAUCUCAACAUCCUCAACACCAACACCAACAGGCUGAGCCUCGCAGGAGGUCCAGCCUCAGCCUCUCCAACACCAUCAGGAGUUUCCAUCACGAAGAAACCCUGGAGGAGCUGCCGGGUGGCGGGGGAAAGAGCGUGCGUCGAUUUUUCUUCAACCUGGACUCUAUCCCGGCAGAGGAGCUGGUCAGCUCGGCCGAGCUGAGGAUCUUCCGUGAGGAGGUGCGAGAGGCCAGCGCCAACGCCAGCGUUCACCACAGGGUCAACGUGUACGAGAUCGUGAAGCCCCUGCCAGGAGCUGAGAUGGGCGGGGAACCCAUCACCCGCUUGCUGGACACCAGGCUGGUGCACCAGGCCCAGAGCAAGUGGGAGAGCUUCGAUGUGACCCCGGCAGCCUCGCGCUGGGCUUCCCGCGGGCAGCACAACCACGGCCUGGUGGUGGAAGUCCUGCACUCUGACAGCGAGCACUCCAGGCGGCACGUGAGGAUCAGCAGGUCCUUGCAUCAGGACGACGGGACCUGGGCUCAGAUGAGGCCCCUGUUAGUGACAUACAGCCACGACGGGAAAGGGCAGAGCUUGGAGAAGAGGUUCAGGCGCCAGGCCAAACACAAGCAGAGGAAGAGACUGAGGACCAGCUGCAAGAGGCACACUCUGUAUGUGGACUUCAGUGACGUGGGCUGGAAUGAUUGGAUCGUGGCACCUCCUGGCUACCACGCCUUCUACUGCCAGGGUGAGUGCCCCUUUCCCUUGGCCGAUUAUCUCAACUCAACCAACCACGCCAUUGUGCAGACUUUGGUCAACUCAGUGAACGCUAACAUUCCCAGAGCCUGUUGCGUGCCCACGGACCUCAGUCCCAUCUCCAUGCUGUAUCUGGAUGAGUAUGACAAAGUGGUGCUCAAGAACUAUCAGGAUAUGGUGGUGGAGGGCUGUGGGUGUCAUUAAACCACACACGGAGAGAGACAGAGAGAGAGAGAUAGAGCCAACGAACUUGACACUUUACUGUUUCCCAAUGAAGACCCUAUUUAUAUAUAAAUAUAUAUAUAUAUAUA